AUGUGCCAGGUGAAGGUGACGAGUAAGACGCCGCUGGUGGCGCCAGUGGAGCCCACGCACUCGCUGUGGCAGCCCAAACUCAUGUACCUUGUCAGCAACGCCUGGACGUCGGCGCAGAUGAAUUUCCUGAGCAUCUUCUACCAGCAGACAGCGCAGUUCUCCAAGAUGCAGAUCGGCGUGCUACAGACAUUGCCCUGUGUGUGCACCUUGGUGGCUCCGCCACUCUGGGGUGCAGUCGCCGACCACAUUGAGAAUCAGCGACUUAUUCACGUCUUCUGCAUCAUCACGGCCGCACUGUUCAUGUUUGCAGUUCGCUUCUUCUACUGGUCUUUCAACUGGAUGAUCGUCGUCGUUGUCGUGGCCAACUUUCAAGUGGCCCCGACUGGUUCGCUGCUGGACCACACAGUACUGAACCUUCUAGAUAAAGUCGGCGGCGAGUACGGCAAGCAACGUUUGUUCGGCGCACUCGGUUACGGUGCGGGAGCCUACAUCACGGGCCUCAUCGUAGCCGUCGCCGGCAUUUCAUGGUCUUUCAACGUAAGCCUAGCGCUUGGAAUGACGUCUCUGCUGGUGCUGCGUACAAUCCCGCCAAUGCAGCACAGUCGACUAUUGCAACAAGUUGAUCUGGAAGAUGGCACUUUACAAGCCCCGUCGUUCAUAGACAAUGUCCGGCUUAUUUGUGAUAAGGUGGACGUACUGGUGCUACUGGGUGUCGUGUUCUUGAUGGGGCUCAUGUACGGUGUGCUCUCCAGCUUCCUCACGCUGAAUCUGUACAACUUGUCAGGUGAGAAUGCCCAGAUUGUGGGAAUUGCUAUCAUGUGCGAGACAGCGUCGGAACUGCCCGCAUUCUUCUACUCCCACAAGAUCAUCAACCGGUUUGGCAUCGUGAACGUGCUGUUGUUGUCGAUCUUUGGCUACUUCCUGCGCGUAUCCUACUACGCUGUCAUGACCAACGCCUGGAGCGCCAUCCCUUUCGAAUUCCUGCACGGCGUGACAUAUGGAUUGGCGUGGGCGGCAUGCACGCAGUACGUGUACUCGGCGGCUCCUCCUGGCUGUCAGGGCACGAUCAUGGGUGUGUUGAACGCGGUGCAGAACGGCCUUGCUCGUGGCGUGGGCACACUCAUUGGUGGCUACUUCUACCAGCAUUAUGGUGCUCGUACCAUGUGGUUGGUCGCCGACUUUGGCGUGCCUCUUGCGUUCAUCGGUCUCGCCGUGUUCGCGCGACUCAAGAACAAGAACGACGUGGUGCACGAGAAAUACCUGGAGGAGGCCGAGCUCUUCUCACCACACGCGGGCAACCCGCAGGCGCUCAAGGCUCACAUCGGUCAGAUGUUCGACGAGAUCCAGUAG